CCUGACACAGACGCACGCACGCACACCGGCAAAGACGCGCUGUUUUGGUUCUCCUUUUGUCGCUGGAGGAUUAUAAUACUGCAGUUUUUUUUCAGGAAACAGCUGGACUCAUAGAGACUGAAGAUUCUCUAGGAGACCGAACGCUUUGGUGUGCAUCUGUGUGUGCGUGCUGGUUGUUUUUUCGGAAAGCUGGACUGACGCACGGAUACUGCAGUAGAACUGCAGGGGCCUGGAUGCUAACCUGGAGGACAUGAGGACCCAGUGGAUCUCCCGCCCCUGAGCUCCAAACCCCACUGCUACUGCUGCACAUUCUGCUGAGCUGAGCACAGCUCUCAGAGGCCGAAAGGAUGCUGACAGCUCGUGAUGGAGCUCGAGAUGAAGCACAGAAGCUGCACAGGAAAUGGAUGAAGCACCAGGCCUUCAUGGCCGAACUGGCCCGCAACAAAGAAUGGCUUGCCAAGAUCGAACAGGAGGGUGAGGAGCUGGUCCAGGAACAGCCCGAGUUGCGAUCAGUGGUGGAGAUGAAGUUGAAAGAAAUCCGAGAGUGCUGGUCUCAUCUGGAGAACACCACUAAAGUCAAGGCUCGCCAGCUCUUCGAAACUCAGAAUAACCGGACAAGCGACCUGUCCACCAACAGCCUCAAUGACCUGGACCAGCAUCUCAAUGUCAUACAGGAACAGCUGCCCAGACUGGGCUCCACCCACACCACUCAACCCACCCUCCUUCAGCCCCGCCCCACUUUCAGCCAACAACUGCAGAAGAUACAAUCGAUGGAGGCCCAGAUGCAGCUUUAUCAUGGUGUUGGUGAAGUUAGGGGUGGGGCUUAUCAGCAAGGACCAGAGGAGGAGGAGCAAGGAGGCGUGGUGGAGACAAGAAUUGUGCGCCUUAUUGAGCCUCUGAAGGAGAGGAGGCGGAUCCUUCUUGCUUCCAAGGAAAUGCACCAAGUUACCCAAGACCUGGAGGAUGAAAUUGUAUGGAUUCAAGAGCGGUUGCAUCUGGCCUCAUCUACUGAAUAUGGCACCAAUCUGCAGGGUGUCCAACAGUUAAUACAAAACCAUGAGGCUCUACAAAUUGAGAUGCAAGCUCGAAGGGGACGUGUCGAGGAGGUGCUGGAGAGAGCGGAAGCUGUCGCUGCCCUGCGGACCCCUGAGGUGGAGCUUGUGCGGGAGGGGGCGGGGCAUGUGAGGCAGCUGUGGGAGGUGCUCCAGGUUGAGAUGGAACGUCGCACAUUGAUGCUGGAUGCUGUAAGCCACGCCCAACAGUACUACACCAACGCAGCAAAGGCGGAGUCUUGGCUCAGUGGGCAGAAGCUUCAGGUCCUCAAUGAGGAGAAAGGAAAUGAUGAGGCAAGCACUCUUAGGUUACUGAAGGAACAGUUGGCCUUAGAGCAGACAGUGGAGAAUUAUGCAGAGACAGUGGGCUCACUGUCCCAGCAGUGCCGUCGCAUGCUUGAGUUAGGACAUCCCGACAGUGAACAGAUCACCAAACAGCAAGCUCAUAUAGACCGGCUAUAUGUGUCUCUGAAAGAUCUGGUGGAGCAGAGGAAGACAAAGUUGGAGCAGCAGUACUGGUUAUAUCAGCUGAAACGAGAGGUGGAGGCGCUGGAGAAAUGGAUCUCUGAGAGAGAGGCUGUUGCCAGCUCCACUGAGCUCGGCCGGGACCUGGAGCAUGUCACGGCUCUGCAGGGGAGCUUCACUAAAUUCUCUUCUGAGACGCGUUCAGUGGGCCAGAAGCAGAUGGAUUCCGUCAAUAAGAUGGUGAAUGAGAUGAUUGACUGCAGUCACUCUGAUGCUGCCACCAUUGCAGAGUGGAAGGAUGGACUGAAUGAGUCCUGGGCAGAUCUUCUGGAGCUCAUGGAGACCAGAACUCAGAUGCUGGCUGCCUCAUACCAGCUGUACAAGUUCUUCACCGACUGUCAGGAGGUGAUGGUCCAAAUUGAGGGAAAGAUGAGACAGCUGCCAGAGGUGAGGUCCUGUCAAGUGAGCUCUGCCAACCCUGGCACACUUCAGAGACUCCUACACUCUUUUGAGCACUCCCUGCAGCUUCUGGUCUCACAGGUGCGCCAGCUGCAGGAAAAUGCUGCUCAGCUGCGGGCGAUUUAUGCCGGGGAGAAAGCGGAUGCCAUUUUGAGCCGUGAGCAAGAAGUGAUGCAGGCCUGGAAAGAGCUCCUGGUUGCCUGUGAGGGCAGUCGUGUGCAGGUCACCACAGUAACUGAUAAGAUCCAGUUCUUCGCUGUGGUGCGGGAACUGAGCAUGUGGAUGGAUGGAAUCAUGGGACAGAUUGGCUUGGCGGACGACGCCAGGGACCUCUCUGUGCUGGAGGGGAUGAUGUCUCAGCAUCAGAGUCUGAAGAGUAAGAUGGAUAACAAGAGCAAGAACUUCAUGCAUUGCGUGGAGAUGGGAAAGAUGCUGCUCGCUGCACGCAACCCUGCAGCUGAAGAGGUAAAGGAAAAGCUGGAGUAUGUCAUUGCAAAGCAGAAAGACCUUAAUGAGCGAUGGGAACUGCACUGGGAGAAGCUUCAGCAGGCCCAGCAGAGACUUCAGUCUAACCAGCUGGGAUUGGUAGAGCAGUCGUGGCACACAGUGAAAGAGCCAAUCACUCCAAACACUCGUGAAGUAGGGGGCGGAACUGACGAGGUAGAGGAGUUGAUUCGCCGGCAUGAAGCAUUCCGGAAGGCUGCGGCCACGUGGAAGGACCAUUUUAGCUCAUUACGACAGGCAGAAAAGAUGAAGGAGGAACAGAACAAGCCUACUACUUCCUCUCUCCUCAGCAGACAGAUGUUCCCUCUCUCAUGUCUUGUGCCCAGCUCCUCCUCCUCUUCUUCAUCCUCCUCUCUCUUCCGUAACCCUCUUCAAGACUCAAUUCUGGAGUCCAAGCACGGCCCAGACCUCAAACACUCCACAGAACAUACAGUGGUACACACACUCACUCAGCGGCUUGGGUCCACCCUGAACCCCUACACACCAGUCAUGAAUGGCUCUUCCUACCAGGGGCUGAACCAAUCGGCAACAGUAAUGGGAGAGGGUUUUUCCUACCAUGGGCUAAAACAACAGGGAGUUUCAGGGUUGGAUCAUUCCAACUAUCAGGGGUUAAACCAACAAGUUGGUGUCUUGGGGGUAAAUAGCUCAAGCUACACUGGAUUAAACCAACAGGGUGUUUUAGGAGAAAACAGCUCCAGCUACCACAGCCUGAACCAUUUAGGUGCUGUGGCCGUGGUAGAGCCCAAACUGGGAUAUGCUUGGCAGCACCUGAAAGCUGACUGCCUGCAGCCCAAAAUCAACCACAUUCACAAUGCUGUUCCACCUUUACUGGAGGCACACCGAGCUCAACUUGCCAGUGGCAUAGCAAAUGUGCCAGCUCCUCCUAUGGGCAUGGACCCCUCCCUGGAGAUGAUCCACAGCCGUUUACAGAGAGACCCCCGAGGGAGCCGCUCAGACCCACAGAUGGAUCAUCUGCGGCGGGAGAGAGAGUACCGGCUUGGCCGUCAGACUUCCAGUGAGCAGGAGAUCCAGGCGAGACUUAAUGAGCUCCCGCUUAUCGUUAGGCAGGAGCGUUACCGCAGAAGAAUGGAGAGACAGUCAUCCAGUGAGCAGGAGGGCAGCGGAAAACAUAGAGUACAAAAACAUGACUCUAGUGAUGCAGAGUCUGGGAGAGAACCGUCUGACAAGAGACCAUCUGGGGAGAAGCGUUCCACUAUGGCUGAGAUUGUUGAACAAGCACAAGAGAAAGAAGCUUGCCAAGCAAGGGGAGAGGUGUACCGGCCACCCAGUAGUCUCUCUGCACCAGUGAGUCGUCUGGAUCGACCCCGGGCUCGUGAUCGCCCCAAACCAAGACGAAGACCUCGUCCAAAAGAACCUGAGGAGCCACGGAGGUCUCGUUCUGCACCUGCCCAGAGUGUCACACCACAACCUCCUACACACACCGUCCAACAUGAGGGCUUCCUCUACCGCAAACAUGAAGAGGAGGGGAAAGAGAGGAGCCCAAACAGUAAAUCGUGGGUUAAUCUGUUCUGCGUGCUCAAACAAGGAGAGAUUGGUUUCUACAAGGAUGCGCGACACAAAACCACACCCUACAAUGAUGAGCCUCUUCUCAACCUUGCCAUCUGCACCUUUGACACUACCAAUGGAUACAAAAAGAAGAAGAAUGUAUUCAUUCUCAGGAACUCUGCUGAAGGGGACUACAUCUUCCUGGCUAAGGAUGAGGAGGAUCUAAAGGGUUGGGUCAACAAUAUUAAUGCUAGCCUAAAAGAGAUCGAUGAAAUUGCCAAGUGGGAAAAAGCCACAAAUUCCUCCACAGACCCUGACAAAUCAGAGCGCAAGGAGCGCUCAGAAGGGGCGGAGCCAUUCGAGGGAGCUGAGAGAUCAGAGAGGUCAGAGAAGUCUGAGCGUUCAGACCGAUCAGAUAAAAUAGAGGCAUCGGACAAAAGCUCAGAAAAGAGGGACAUAUCUGAGAAAGAGAGGGGAGAGAGAGGCGAACGAGGGGAGAGAGAGAGGAGGGAAAAAGGAGACCGGGGUUCCAGGUGUUCCAGCACUUCGGGAACAAGCAAAUGACUCAUCUCUCGUUUAUUUACCCAUUCAUCCAUCCUAGCCAUCUUUCUAGAGAGAACUGUUGCUCUGUUUGUCCUGACAGCCUGAUUUUUGGACAGACAUAAUUGAUUAUGUCCUGUGAAAUAUUUGUUGAUGUGUGUGUGUGUGCCAAUGUGUUGGAAGUCUAUGUAAGAAUAUGUUGACAGUAUAUGAAAGUAUUCCAGCAUCAGAGGGCCUGUUGGGUUGCUCAGCUUGAUUCUUACAGAAAAGGCACUUUAGACUAUCGAGGAUGACUAUAGCCCUUAAUAUUUUAGAAGCAUUUUCUUGAAGCAAUAUACUGUAUGUUAUAACGGAUACUGCUUGUUCCAGCUGUUCUGCUCCUCCAAGCGUGUGCGAGAAAGAGAAAGUGAUAGUGUUUUCCGAGAGAUAAAUUGGUGGUGCAGUAGUUAAUUAUGUUUCUCCUGACCGACAUCCUUACACACCCCAACUCAGACAUCGCCUGUGUUCAGAAUAGUAUAUAAACAUACUACUCAUAAUAUUGCAGCUGUAAACAGUAUGUAUACUCUGUAUAGUAUGCAGAUUUUCUGUAUGCAUAGAAUACCCAGAUGACCUACUACAUUUGCCAAAAUGUACAAAAGAGCAUACUAUAAGGAAUACUGUAGCCCACAAUCAGUGUUCAAAUUGUCACAGAGCACUUGUGGGUUCCCCUUAAAACCCACUCCUCUGCACUGUACUACAUUAAUAAAAUAUACUAAUGUACUAUGUACAUUAAAGGGAUAGUUCACCCAAAAAUGAAAAUUCUCCCAUUAUUUACUCACCUUCCUGCCAUUCCAGAUGUGUAAGACUUUCUUUCUUCUGCAGAACACAAACAAAGAUUUUUAAAAUAAUAUCUCAGCUCUGUUGCUCCACACAAUGCAAGUGAAUGGUGGCCAGAACUUUGAAGGUCUUGAAGAACAUACAGGCAGCAUAAAAGUAAUCCAUAUGACUCCAGUGUUUUAAUCCAUAUCUUCAGAAGUGAUAUGAUAGGCGUGUGUGAGAAACAGAUAAAUAUUUAAGUCCUUUUUUACUAUGAAUGCUCCUCCCUGCCCAGUAGGUGACAGUAUGCAAAAAGAAUGUGAAUCGCCAAAAACAAAAGAAGAAUGUAAAAAUUAAAAUGGAGAUAUAUAUAGUAAAAAAAGGUCUUAAAUAUUUAUCUCUUUCUCACCCACACCUAUCACAUCGCUUCUGAAUAUGUGGAAACACUGGAAUCAUAUGGAUUGCUUUUAUGCUGUCUUUUUCACUUUAUGAAUCUUCAUAGUUCUGACCACCUUUCACUUGCACUGUAUUGACCUACAGAGUGGAGAUAUUUUCAAAAAAUCUUUGUGUUCAGCAGAAGAAAGAAAGUUAAACAUAUCUGGGAUGGCAGUUAAUGUAAAUGAAGAGUAAAUGAUGAAAUAUUUUCAUUUUUGGGUGAACUAUCCCUUUAAAGAUGAUGGUAUUGAGGUGAGGGAGAAAAGAGUUCAGGGCUGCAGAAAAAAUGCUGGUUGAUGCAAAAACAGAGGACUAUAUAACCCGUUCCAUAUAAAAUUUGUCAUUUUGAUAGAGCCUCAUUCAAAUGUAAAUUCCUUCACAAAAGAGCAUGUGUUCAAACUUGGGUGUGUUUAGAAUUUUCAGAUGAAAAAACUUUGAUUACUUAUGAAAACUGGGACAGAUAAUGGACAAUGUCACAUUGAGUUUUAUGUUUGUAGUGUUCUAGUUUCAAUGAAACACCAGGGCGUUAUGGGGGCUCCCUUAACACAUAUGGGGGGUCCAGGACCCUCCUCCCCAGCCCCCCCCCCCUUAAUUUGAACACUGCCCACAAUCCAAUGUGCCCAACAACACUGUCUGUUUCCAUGUGAUGAAUGAACCAUAAUUACAACUGCGAUUUUUAACAUCUCUAUUUUGAUUCUUCAUUUGAUUGGACUGCCAAAAGUCAGGCCAUUUCCCCCCCACUCCAAAAAAAUAAAACAACGAGAAAUGAAAAAUAUCCAUAUUUAUUUCUAAAAUAAGUAGUAUUAAGCUAAUAUUCCAUUCCGAACAUAGUCGUUUACACAUGCAUACACACACACACACACACAGUGCAUUAUGAUUAAAUGUUACCUGCGGCCAUUCUCCCACCUGAGGCUAUACACGUCUUCCAUCUGCUGCUUAUAAUAAUGGUUUUAAUCAUGUGAGAUGCUUCACAGAGCUGAAGUAAGCGUCAUUCAGUCCAAACUACGCUCUAAAAGCGCCAUGAUGAAGAUUUUUAAUCACAAUCCAUUAAUAUAAUGUUUUAUGAUUGUCUGGCAGUGUAUGUGUGUGUGUGUGUGUGUGUGUGUGUGUGUGUGUGUGUGUGUGUGUGUGUGUGUGUGAGAAUGAGUACAGCUCCAUUCAGAAGAGGCUCAAAUGUAUUAUGUAUAAUCUUAUUGAUCAUAUUUAUGAAGAUAUUGCGAUACAAAUUUACAGUGCAAGGUUCUCUUUAUUCUUUCCUAAACUGAGAAGUAUGAUCAGCCACCCCAUAGGUGUACAAAUAUGCUGCUUUUUAUCAUCUGUGGCCCUUACAUCAUCCUUUGAUUGUAAAACGAUUAGUACACAUAAACUAGGGUGUCUGUGACAUUGUCAUGCUAAGAAAAAGAUUGUGUGUGUGUAUAUAUAUAUAUAUAUAUAUAUAUAUAUAUAUAUAUAUAUAUAUAUAUAUUUGUUUAUAUACUAGUAAAUGAAAGUUACUUCUAUGAGUUACAACGACUAAUAAAAAAGAAAUAAAGAAAUGACAGCUGUUGCGAUUACUAGGACAAGGAUGACAAUUUUCCCCCAAACUAGUUAUUUAUAUAUGUACAAGUUUGUUUACAGGGUUAUGAAAUAAAAUAUCAAAAUAAACAGGAAUCGAUAAAAUAAAUACAUCCUAUUUGUCUGUUUUUUUAUUUUUUUUAUUUGAACUGAUAGUCCUAUGGCUUUAAGAUGUUAAUCGCUUUUUUGAGGACAAGCUUUUCCUCUCUGUCUCCGUUUUCUUUAUACAAACUUUCUUCACCGGUCGUUGCCGAGUUCAAACUCUGACUGGCCCCAUUGUCUAUGCACAGCAAAUGUCAGCAUCAUAUUCAAACUAAGACCCAUUUCUAGUAUUGAACCUUGUGGAGUCCUUAGCAAACAUUGGGGAUCAUAUUCAUAAUGCCACCUAGCCCAACACUGUGUGUACAAACCUCCGCUUGAAAAAACAACAACUUUAGGACUCGUCUAAUGGAUUGUGGUUUAUAUUGAUAGAGAAUCUGUGUAAGAGUGACGUUAUGCCACAAGUACAGAUUUCCAAUGAGUUCCCCUCAUGGGAUGCUCUUAUCAAUUGAGGACUUGUCCAUGUCCUUCAGAGGCUGAUCCAGGUUCAGGAGAUUUAGCAGCAUUCAUACACACAAUUUCCUACUGUCACAUGACACAAAAUAGAAACACAAACAUAAUCCCUCAGCCAAUCACCCAACAGAAAACACACGCCCUCGUAUGCCCCAAAUCACUCCUUUUCUCACAUCAGUCCUGUUCCAGCCUAGUUAGGACUUUAGGGUGAGCUAGACCUAGUAUGGAGUCAAAUUCAUAUCAAAUUAGAAAAAGUGUAUGACAUGCUUUGAUCAUAAUUCCAUAAAAACAGCAGAAAAUUAGAUAUUUUAUGACCAUUGUUUCUUAUAAUUUUGACUAAGAAUGAAUGUAUGUUUGUUAACACUGUUUUAUUCUCUGUCUCAUCUCUGCUGAUGCAACCCUGACAACACAUUUCCAAAAAGAUGAUUUGGACUCUUUUUCUUAUCCAUCAAUUGUUUAUCUGCCAGUAAAAAAGCACAAUUUCACCCAAAACAAAGCAACGAGUAUUAGAAAUGGCACUGGACGCUGAGUCCUAAACCAUGAUCCCUGCGUUUCUAAAAGCAGGUCAGUGUUGCGAAGGCUGUGCGGCACUUUAUUUCCUCUGUGAGCAGCUUUUCUUUGAACUCCUCACCUGAACUUAUUUUUACCCAGAAAUUUUUACCGACGUAGUCACUAGAUGAACUCCAUAUUUGUCUGAUUUUUAGACCCCGUUAGUCAGUUUUCUUUGUUAAACCUUGCAUUAUUUCAUUAGCUGUGCCGCUUGUCAUCUUCCCAAAUUGACCUCACAAGCAAAUAUUUAUUUAUUUAUGAAAGAAGGUAAAAAGCCCUAAAAUAAUGGAGAAUGUGGUUUUCCCUCCUUUAUCCGAUCAAGUCAGUUGUUUCACACAAACUAAAGCAAAACACUAUCCAGUUGCAUGAAAGAGAAUAUAGAGGUGAUUUCUAUGCAACAGCUGUGCAUGUUUAUCAAAAGGGUUUCAACCUUCAGCAAAGCACUGGGUUUGGGUCAUGAUGAUGAUGAUGGAGAAAUGAGUGAGCAGAUCACUUGUAUAGCUAAAAUGAGACAUUAAAUCAUUAUGUACUGAUAUCUGCACUUAUUCAUAAAUACAGGUUGUAUAUAUCAGUGUGCUUUGGAGUCUUCAUUUUGGUGACUGUGUUUGCAUCUGCAGGUGUGGUUCAAUUCUGCCACUACCCAGAUAGCACACGUACAUUUCUAAAAUGUCUGUUUAAGAAUGUUUCAUCUGGAAAGCAUCACACUCUAAUUAACAUCUGCUAAACAUCUUAUAAAGAUCAGAUUUACAAAUAUUCUAAAUAAUAAACAUCUGCUGAAUGUCUUAUUGACAUCCGAGGGGAAGCGUUUUAUAGACGUAUUGCAAAUGAGCAAACAACCUAAAAAAAUGUAAACUCACACACAUCAUAU